AUGGCAGAGGUUUCUCCAGAGCAGCUAGCUUCCCUCAGAGGGCAGGCUCAUCUAUUCAACCAACAAGCCCCAUCACCCUCCAAGCAAUCGCAAGACAGCGAAUCCGCCCUACCAAAAGGCGUCGUCCUAGACAAAGAUGGGAAACCCUGCCGAACCUGUACAUCCGUCUCCUCAUGGCGCGCCUUGACAAAACAAGCCAAAGCCGACUCUUCAACCUCAAGCGCAAGCGCAAACGCAAGCAAAACCUCCACAGCCCCCCUCGCCGUCCCAGCUUCGUCAUCUGAACCACCGAUACCUUCAGACUGCCCACCUGACGUCGAAGAACUCGGGCGGUCAACCUGGACCCUCCUGCACACGAUGGCAGCGACGUACCCCGAAAAAGCAGAUACGCAGCAACAAAGCGACAUGCAGGGAUUCCUGAAGUUGUUUUCGCGACUGUAUCCGUGCUGGGUUUGCGCGGAUGACUUCAAGACGUGGAUGGCGCAUCCGAGUGGACGCAAUCAGCCGAAGCUGGGUGGGCGUGCGGAGUUUGGGUGGUGGAUGUGUGAGGCGCAUAAUGAGGUGAAUCGCAAGCUGGGAAAGAAGGAGUUUAAUUGUAACUUCUGGGAGGAACGGUGGAAGACUGGGUGGAAGGAUGGGAGGUGUGAUUAG